AUGGGUUACAUGGUUUCCCAAAAAGGUGGAUAUGAUAAAGUGGGUUUUACUAGCAAGGACUUACAUAACCACAUUAGUAAGACUAGGCGUGGCAAAGUGAAAAACGGUGAUGCAUUUGCUGCGUUGGCCUAUCUGUUUUCUAAGGCAGACAGUGAUCCGUUAUUUCUAGGAAAGUUCACCUUAAAGGAUGGUAGGUUGGAGAACUUGGUGUGGGCUGAUGGAGAAAGCGUUGUUGAUUACGAAUGUUUUGGCGAUGUACUGGCUUUUGACACCACUUACAAGAAAAAUGUAUACAACAAACCCUUAGUCAUAUUUUCAGGGACCAACCACCAUGGCCAGACGACUAUCUUUGGAUGCGCUCUGCUCUCAGAUGAAAAGUCCGAAACUUUCAAGUGA